UUCCCGUCUGCAGUCGCAAAGCCAGCAACGCAAUUACAUAGGAGAGACUGAGCCCAACGACAUAGUGACUCGACAUUAUAGUGCAGACCAGCUUAAUACCUGAUCUUGUUUCAUUUCUUGGUACGAAUCGUCGAUUUUGCUACUAUAGUUAUUGUUGACAUCUGUACACUGCGAGAGAGGAGCGGGUUCGCAUAGGAAAGGGACCGAGAAGGAUUAUUGAUGUCCAGCUCGCCGCUGUCCAAGAAGCGCCGCUUGUCAGGAACAGAGACGAAGACGGGAUCCCACUGCUCCUCCUCUAACUCUGUCAGAACUGAUCUGUCCCACACACCUGCCAACGGCAUGGCUAAGAAUGGCAAUGAUGCUGAGAUUGAUGAAGGCCUGUACUCCAGACAACUUUAUGUGUUGGGCCAUGAAGCAAUGAAGCGCAUGCAGAACUCUAAUGUUCUCAUAUCCGGCAUGAGAGGUCUUGGAGUGGAGAUUGCCAAGAAUGUCAUCCUGGGUGGAGUUAGAAGUGUCACUGUGCAUGACAAAGGAGUUGCAGAAUGGAGAGACCUCUCUUCUCAGUUUUACCUUCGGGAGGAGGACCUGGGGAAGAACAGGGCAGAGGUGAGUCAGCCUCGCUUGGCUGAACUAAACAACUAUGUUCCAGUGAAUGCCUAUACUGGAGCUCUCACCGAUGAUUACCUGACCAAAUUCCAGGUGGUAGUACUGACUAACUCAACUCUAGAUGAGCAAAAGCAUGUUGGGGAGUUCUGCCACAGCAAAGAAAUCAAGCUGAUUAUUGCAGACACGCGUGGUCUGUUUGGUCAACUUUUCUGUGACUUUGGAGAGGAAAUGAUGGUAUAUGACACCAAUGGAGAGCAGCCACUUAGUGCCAUGAUUUCCAUGAUCACAAAGGACAAUCAAGGGGUUGUGACAUGUCUUGAUGAGGCUCGUCAUGGCUUUGAGAGCGGAGACCAUGUCACCUUCACAGAGAUUCAGGGGAUGACAGAGCUCAAUGGCUGUCAGCCAGUGGAAAUUAAAGUUCUGGGUCCGUACACCUUCAGCAUCUGUGAGACAACUGGCUUUACAGACUAUGUGAGAGGAGGAAUAGUCUCUCAGGUUAAAAUGGCCAAGAAGAUCAGUUUCAAAUCUUUCACCUCUUCCAUGACUGAGCCUGAGUUCAUGAUGACAGAUUUUGCCAAGUUUGAACGCCCAGCGCAGCUGCAUGUGGGCUUCCAGGCUAUCCAUGCCUUCCAGAAGAAACACAACCGCCUCCCUGCCCCUUGGAACCAGGCUGAUGGCGAUGAGCUACUGACUUUAGCCAAGGAGGUGAACUCUGCCCAGUCAGGGUCUGCUAAAGUGGAACAGCUAGAUGAAGCUCUCAUCAAAAAGUUGUCUUAUGUUGCUUCUGGUGAUCUUUCCCCAGUCAAUGCUUUGAUUGGUGGUGUGGCUGCGCAAGAAGUGAUGAAGGCAUGCACAGGAAAAUUUAUGCCAGUAAUGCAGUGGCUGUAUUUUGAUGCCCUGGAGUGCCUGUCUGAAGACGGAGUCAUGCUCACAGAAGAAGAGUGCACCCCUAGGAACUGUCGAUAUGAUGGGCAGAUUGCAGUGUUUGGCACCAAGCUGCAGGAUUUACUUGCCAAGCAGCGCUACUUCCUGGUUGGAGCUGGUGCUAUUGGCUGUGAGCUGUUGAAAAACUUUGCCAUGAUUGGACUGGCUGGCGGGGAGGGUGAGGUCAUUGUGACUGACAUGGACACCAUAGAGAAAUCUAAUCUCAACAGACAGUUCCUCUUCAGACCCUCGGAUGUCACGAAAAUGAAAAGUGACACGGCCGCUGCUGCAGUAAAGCAGAUGAACCCCUCCAUCAGGAUCACAGGUCAUCAGAACAGAGUGGGCCCCGAAACAGAGAGGGUCUAUGAUGAUGACUUCUUUGAAAGCCUUGAUGGAGUUGCCAAUGCACUGGACAAUGUUGAUGCACGUAUGUAUAUGGAUCGGCGUUGUGUAUACUACCGUAAACCCUUACUGGAGUCGGGUACAUUGGGUACCAAAGGCAAUGUCCAGGUUGUCAUCCCGUUCCUCACAGAGUCAUACAGCUCCAGUCAGGACCCACCUGAGAAGUCCAUCCCCAUCUGUACACUCAAGAACUUUCCAAAUGCAAUUGAACACACACUGCAGUGGGCCCGUGAUGAGUUUGAGGGACUAUUCAAACAGCCUCCAGAGAAUGGCAUGCAGUACCUCACAGAUCCGAAGUUUAUGGAGCGUACACUGAAGCUUCCAGGAGCUCAGCCUUUGGAAGUCCUGGAAGCAGUUUACAAGUGUCUUGUCACAGACUGCCCUCACAGCUGGGCUGACUGCGUAGGUUGGGCUCGCAACCACUGGCAGUGCCAGUACAACAACAACAUCCGUCAGCUAUUGCACAACUUCCCUCCAGACCAGCUCACCAGCUCAGGUGCCCCCUUCUGGUCUGGACCAAAGAGGUGUCCUCACCCCUUAGAAUUCAGUACUAGCAAUGAUCUGCACAUGGACUAUAUAAUGGCAGCCGCCAACCUCUUUGCUCAAAUGUACGGUAUGCAAGGCAGCAAUGAUCGUACAGCUGUGGUUAAGAUCUUGCAGGACGUUAAGGUGCCACCUUUUACCCCUCGCUCAGGGGUUAAAAUCCACGUCUCUGAUCAAGAACUGCAAAAUAGCAAUUCCUCUGUUGAUGACACCAAACUGGAAGAGCUCAAGACCCAACUGCCUUCCCCAGAAUCUUCCCAGUUCAAACUCAACCCUGUUGAUUUUGAAAAGGAUGAUGAUACCAACUUCCACAUGGACUUCAUUGUGGCAGCCUCCAACCUGAGAGCAGAGAACUAUGACAUUCCACCUGCAGACAGGCACAAGAGCAAACUGAUUGCUGGCAAGAUCAUUCCUGCUAUCGCCACUACGACAGCUGCUGUGGUUGGCCUGGUGUGCUUGGAGCUUUUCAAGAUUGUCCAAGGACACACGAAACUGGAUUCCUACAAAAAUGGCUUCAUGAACUUGGCCCUGCCUUUCUUUGCAUUCUCAGAGCCCAUUGCUGCUCCAAAACACAAGUACUAUGAAAUUGAUUGGACGCUUUGGGAUCGCUUUGAAGUUACAGGUCUGCAGUCCAGUGGGGAAGAGAUGACACUCCGACAGUUCCUGGAUUACUUUAAAAAUGAGCAUAAGUUGGAGAUCACUAUGCUUUCUCAGGGAGUGUCCAUGCUCUAUUCGUUUUUCAUGCCUGCUGCCAAACUUAAAGAGAGACUGGACCUACCAAUGACUGAGAUUGUGACGAAGGUGUCCAAAAAGAAGCUGGGCAAACACGUGAAAGCCCUGGUGUUUGAGCUAUGCUGUAACGACUUAACAGAUGAAGAUGUGGAAGUGCCCUAUGUCAGAUACACCAUCCGCUGAGCUCCACACUGAGUCCACCCACAGGAGGGUGUGAGUUGCAGGGGGGAGGCAAGGGGAAGGGGUUUUUCUUAGUGGGGAGAUGUGGUGGGACUAGGGGGUGGGUAACUUGAUCCAGGUUGGCUCUAUUGGAUCAAUUGGUUUCUUUUUUUAGGCCUGUGGUUUGUGUAAACCUGUGCCUGACUGUACAUAGCCCCAGUAAGCCGACUAAAGUAUACCUUUAUGUCAGUUAGGGAUCCAGUUGGUGGUUCACUGUGGGAACAGGGUGUUGUUGGAGAAAGGGAGCAUGUACAGUGUACAUCCUGAUGUUUCUCAUUAGUAAAGCCUCUACACUUAAGUAAGCCUUAGUUGUCUCUCUGUAUUCUAAAGUCCCGGUGUCCUAUACUGUCCUUACAGUCUAAUCUUCAACAGUAAAUUGGAAGUGUCUUUUUUUUAAUCUAUAUCAACAACCCACUCCUUCCCCCCCAAACUCUACCUGCUCUCUUCUCUCCUCCAGUCCUUGUCUCAUAGACCUGGUCCCACAUUACUGUUUUUCCUUUUUGUUUUUUCCAAAGUUGCACCUCAUUAAUUAAAACAAGACCGGCCCUGAUAAAACCUUAGUCAGACCCCUUUCCUGACUGGAAAUCCAUAUGUGUCACUGGCAGAAUGCCUUCCCCAGUCUAAGGCACCCCUACACCCUUGUUGCAGCACUCUGCAGCUCCUGAGGGGCUCUUGCACAUGACAUCAAUUAUCUCUUUAUAUUUCAUGUGUUUUGUUAUAUUCUAUUUUAUUUUGGGGGGGAGGGGGUUGGACAGAGCUUUGGCACACAUCUACUAGAUCAUAAACUGUCUUUCUACUUUAAUUCCAAAUGACAACAGUUUGAAAGCAAGGCAUUGAGAUGUAUCUUGAAGUGGGAGCACUUACUGUGAUAGUGAAUAAACAUAUAAAAAUA